AACUAAAUAUUUGAUUGAUAAGAUUGUAUUGAUCCAAUUACUAACGAAAAAAAUAGCCUAUUAAAAUUGUAUUAAAUUUGAAAUUGUUUGUACCGACAACCAAAAAAAAAACCAACAGCAACAAAUUAUGUUACAAGAAACGUUGAAAGCUUAUUUAGAUCAUUAUUAUUUUAAUUAUUAUAAUAAUCAACAAACAAAACAACAACCAUUAAUGGAAUCAUUUGGAAUGUUUUCGAUAGCAUAUACAACCGCUCAAUAUAUAUCAUAUCUGUUGUUUGGUAUCACUGUAUUUAUAAUCAAAUGUUAUAUGUCAUUCUAUAUUCUUUCAUGUUGUCAUGAAAUUCUUGAAGAUCAUCGUGAAGGUUCAAUCAAUGCAAGAAGUAAAUCUGUUCAUCUAAUGAUGUCAUUAUUAAUGUUAACAUUAACAUUUAUCGGUCUUUAUGGUAUUUAUACAUUUCAUUUGGGAUUAAUAUUAACAUGGUUAUUAUUAAAACCAUUCAUACGUAUACUGGAAUUAGAAUCACCAACAUGGACAACAUUUGUUAUGAUUAUUAUUGCAAUGGGUUCAACAAUUUGUUAUAAUACUUAUGAUGUAUUCGAUAAAUAUACAUCAUCUCCAUUAUUUUGAUUAACCCUUUUUUUUACCUUGAGUCAUUAUCAUCAUUAUUAAUUACAAAAAACUGCAACAAAACAAAACAAAAUAUUGUGAUAUAAAACUUAAUGUACUUUGGACAUUUGAAUUAUUU